GGAAACAUUGUGUUAUUCUUCCUCACUGCAGAGAGACAGACGGACUGAAAAACAGACGAUCAGAUUCACCUUCAGACCAAACUAACAACUUCCUCUGAGUUCAGCUACAGGAGAGAAAAGUGGAAACUACAACUGCUUCAACCUGCUCCACACCCUGAAGAACUGGUGGAGAGAGAAACCAACACAAGAGUGUCCAGUCUGUAAGACAAUAUCAUUAAUGGAUCAUCCUCCCUGUAACCUGGCAUUGAAGAACCUGUGUGAGGCCAUUUUACAGGAGAGAGAUCCGAGAUCUUCAGAGGCUCUCUGCAGUCUGCACUCUGAGAGACUCAGACUCUUCUGUGUCGACCAUCAGCAGCCAGUGUGUGUCGUCUGCAGAGAUUCAAGAAAACACACCAACCACAGAUUCAGACCCAUCGAUGAAGCUGCACGACAAAACAAGAAGGAGCUCCAGAAAUCUCUGCAGCCCUUAAAGGAGAAGUUAGAGAUUUUUAAACUACUUAAAGAUGUGUUUGAUCAAACAGCAGGACACAUCAAGGUCCAGGCCCGACGCACAGAGACGCAGAUUAAGGAGCAGUUUAAAGAACUUCAUCAGUUUCUAGAAGAGGAAGAGGAGGCCAGGGUGGCUGCACUGAGGGAGGAAGAGGAGCAGAAGAAGACGAUGAUGGAGGAGAAGAUGGAGGCUGUGAGCAGAGAGAUAGCAGCUCUUUCACACACCGUCAGGGCCACAGAGGAGGAGCUGAGAGCUGAAGACGUCUCCUUCCUGCUCAACUACAAGGCUGCAGUGGAGAGGCUGCAGCGCCCCCUGCUGGAGGAUCCACAGCUGCCCUCAGGAGCUCUGAUAGACCAGGCCAAACACCUGGGCAACCUCAGCUUCAACAUCUGGAGCAAGAUGAAGGACAUGGUGUCCUACUCUCCUCUCAUUCUGGACCCAAACACUGCUCAUCCAAAAAUCAUCCUGUCUGAAGAUCUGACCGGUGUGAGAGAAGGAGAGAGACAGAAACUUCCUGAUAAUCCAGAGAGGUUUGAUAAACACGGCUUUGUCCUGGGAUCUGAGGGCUUUAACUCAGGGACUCACAGCUGGGAUGUCCAGGUUACAGACGGUGCAGGCUGGGGACUGGGUGUGUUAGCAGAGUCUGUCCAGAGGAAGGGAGUCAUAGAGUCUGGAUUAUGGAGAAUAGGUUUCUAUAAAGGUAAAUACUCAGCAUGGUCACCACCAGAUCCACGCACUGAUCUCAGCCUGCAGAAGAAGCUCCAGAGGGUCAGAGUGAAUCUGGACUGGAACAGAGGAGAGUUGUCGUUCUCUGAUCCUGACACUAACACACACAUACACACCCUCACACACACUUUCACUGAGAGGCUGUUUCCACUCAUUCACACUAGGGGUAAAGUGAAGAUAUUACCACUGAAGGUGUGUGUGACCAAACACCAGGCCUGAGUCUGAAGCUGGCGUUAGGUUAUUAGAAAGUGACACACAGCUAAACAAAUACAAAUGUAUAUAUAUUUUACAGUUUCAACUUUACCUGAAGCAUGUCUUAAAGGUGGGGUAGGUAAGUUUGAGAAACCGGCUCGAUAUCGCUAGAAUUUGAAAAUACACAGCC